AUGAGAGACACCUACCCCCGCAAAAAAAUCAUCGUCGCCAUCACCGGCGCAACAGGCGCCCAGAUCGGCAUCCACAUCCUCCAGACCCUCCGUCACCUCAACGUGGAAACACACCUCAUCAUCAGCAAGUGGGCCGCGGAGACAAUAAAGUACGAGACAGACUACACCCCGUCCGCAGUAAAAGCUCUCGCGGACCACGCCUACAGCGCCCACGACCUCGCCGCGCCGAUAGCGAGCGGGUCCUACCGGGUCGAUGGUAUGAUCGUCGCUCCGUGCUCCGUCAAAACACUAGCGGCGAUUAACGCGGGCAUCUGCGACGACCUGAUCACGCGAGCAGCCGACGUAUGUCUCAAGGAGCGGAAGCGGCUGGUGCUUUCGGUGCGAGAGACACCGUUUAGCGAGAUUCAUCUGAGGAACAUGUUGGAAGUGACGAGGGCCGGGGCGAUUAUCGCGCCGCCUGUUGUGGGUUUCUAUACGAAGCCAUCGGGGAUUGAUGAUAUUCUCAAUCAGAUGGUAGGGAGGCUACUGGAUUUGUUCGAUUUGGAUUCGAGGGCGUUUGAGAGGUGGGACGGGAUGGCAAAGACGUCGUCUAAUUGA